GGAAGAAAAGGGAGGAAAAAGAAACAGGAAAAAAAACAGGAAAAAAAAAAGCCAUGGCUGCUUCGUCAGCUAUAGAAUCAUCUUCUCUUCUCCCAUCUGGAAUUCUACCGCUUAAUAUUAAUACUUAUCAGCAUCAGAAGCUCUUCUUCCUCCCAAAUUCGUGCCUUAAUCGCGGAGGCCACCUCAACAAAACUCGAAAUUCCUUUAGAGUCGAAGCAGUGAAGUCCCCGCCCGGUGUAGAAUUGCCCAAAGUAGAGCCACAGUUUAAAGCUCCAUUUCUGGGGUUCACAAAGACAGCUGAAAUAUGGAACUCUAGAGCUUGCAUGAUUGGAAUAAUUGGUGUUUUCAUUUUAGAAUUGAUAAUCAACAAAGGAAUACUUCAGGUGAUUGGAGUUGAUGUUGGAAAAGGACUAAAUCUUCCUCUCUGAGAGCAUUUGUUUUUGCUUUCCAUGAACUAAUUUUUGAAUUUCUCACUCAGCAAAAUCAAUUGUUUAUGCUGUAAGUUGUAUACUCCCUCUUUGUGUAUUGCUAUUACAUUUAACAUGAGAUUUGUCAUUACUUACCGCUCUUUGGGGGGAAAAGGUUAUAUUUUUAUUCUUUUAA